AAUGGAGAUGCCAAAAUUUAAAGUUUUCAGCAAGCCUUAAAGAUAUUUUAAUUGUUUAGAAUUACACUUUCUCUAGUCAUAAGCAUUUGUAGUCAUUAGCAUUUUUCGACCAAGACAGAUAGUCUUAAAAAAGGUCUCCAAGAUUCCAUUGUUGUUACAUUACAAGUUUUAAGGAUGGCUUUGA